AUGGAUAUCGUGUCAGAUGUAGAGAUGGCCCGUAGCGAGGUUUUUGAUGGUCCCAUAUCAGAGAGCAUUCCAUCCAGUGUUGCUUCAUUUUCUUACCGUGGGCACCGGAAUAACUCCACCGUUAGCUUUACGUACUUGGAAGAUGAAGAAGAUUUUGCUAGGGAGCAAAAUGAAGAUGCGCUAGGGUUUGGAAGUGAAAUCGAUGAAGAAGUUAAUGGCGUCCGCCCAACAAGUCCGUCCACUAUAUCAUCAUUCGCGUCAAAAAGACAACCCCGUUCGAGAAACUCUGUCGAGGAUCCUCUUCUGCCACACCAGCACUCGUCAGACGAUUCCUAUGUCCAUAAUCGAAGACCAGAUGGUAGACACAUCCAAAAGGUCUACAUUGAAUCAGAAGACUUGACCAUUGUCCUUGCCGGCUUUUCAACAUCAGUAGCUGGCCUAUCGCUGUAUUAUGCACUGUGCUUCUUCAGCUUUGGUUUAACUUAUCUGGACCAGUGGGGCCAAUUCAGCAUUUACGAAGUUCGGGAUCAAGCAUACGGGCGCCCUCUUUCUACCAUCUUUGCACAUCCUGAGUACCAGCUUUAUGAUGAAGAAAAUGAUCCAACUAUCUCUUUUUUGCGGUAUAUCGACUACAAAUACCUUCGCCUCUUUUACCAUCAACUUGACGACCGAUUUUGUUUGAUCACUGGCUGGAAAGAUCCCCUGUGGACACACCCAAAAAUGAUGCGAGUUGGAUUAGAUGCAGAUGAUCGGGAUACCCGAGAGCAGAUUUUUGGUAAGAAUAUAAUCGAUAUUCAGCAGAAGCCAGCGUUUCAACUUCUUAUAGAUGAAACUAUGAGUCGACUGAGAGAUAUUUCUCUAUUUGAAUGUGACAUUCGUGUGCUUAGAAAUGGUUUUUGGAGAUCUGUUCCAUCUCGAGAACUUGUGCCGGGAGAUGUUUUUGAAUUUUCUGACCCAUCUUUAAACCAAGCACCUUGUGACUGCAUCUUACUGUCUGGGGACUGCAUUGUCAACGAAAGCAUGCUUACAGUGUCUAAAACCCCGGUAACAAAUGAUGCACUUAAAUAUCUCGACCUAAAUGCCCCCUCUCUCCAUCCAAAUAUCGCAAAGCAUUUCCUUUUCGGUGGGACGAAAGUGAUUCGAGCACGGCGUCCGCAGAAUGUUGAUGAUGAUGAAGCAAUCGCCUUGGCAGUUGUCGUGAGAACAGGGUUCCUGACGACUAAGGGUACUCUUAUUCGUUCAAUGCUUUUCCCAAAGCCAUCUGGUUUUAAAUUCUAUCGAGAUUCCUUCCGCUAUAUAUCCGUCAUGGCCGUGGUCGCUCUCUUGGGAUUCAUAGCCUCAUUUGUCAAUUUCCUUCGGCUGGGCCUUUCCUGGCAUUUAAUCAUUGUCAGGGCACUGGACCUAAUCACUAUUGUUGUACCGCCAGCCCUACCAGCUACACUAAGCAUCGGUAUUAACUUUGCUCUUUCACGGUUAAAACACCACAAAAUAUUCUGUAUAAGUCCGCAGAGAGUUAAUGUAGGGGGGAAAUUGGAUGUUAUAUGCUUUGACAAAACCGGGACCUUGACAGAAGACGGCUUAGAUGUCCUUGGAGUGCGAACAGUAAAUCGAGACAUGAGGUUGUCAGGCCUUCUCUCUGAGCUAAACCAUGCCCUUCCUUUACAACCAAGUAUUGGCAUUACUGAUGAUCCGGAUAAACGCUAUAAAAUGAUAUGCAUUAUGGCAACAUGCCAUUCAUUAAGAGUAAUUGAUAACGAACUCUUAGGGGACCCUCUGGACGUGAAAAUGUUUCAUUUCACAGAGCUUGGCAUUUUGCGCAGCUUUGAAUUUGUGUCGCAGCUUCGUCGUUCGAGCGUGAUCGUGAGACAGUUCGGAGACAAUGGUGCGAGUGUUUUUGUGAAGGGUGCACCAGAAAGUGUAAAAGCUAUAUGUGCACCAGAAACGGUGCCUCAUAACUUUGAAGAACUCCUAAGCCAAUAUACCCACAAGGGAUAUCGUGUUAUAGCCUGUGCAGCUAAAUAUGAACAGAAGCUUAGCUGGAUGAGAGUGCAAAAAAUAACACGUCCAGAGGCGGAAAGCGAUUUGGAAUUUAUCGGGCUUAUUAUAUUUGAAAAUAAGCUAAAACCAAAGACAUAUGAGACAAUUAGUGAACUGAAUCAAGCAGCAAUACGCAGCGUCAUGUGUACCGGUGACAAUAUUCUCACCGCAAUCAGUGUUGCACGUCAUUCACACGACCCGAAAGCUUCUCUAUGCUGGGAAAGUAUCGAUAAUCCUUGCUUAAGACUCGACCCAAUGUUAUUGACGCCUUCUGUGACCUCUACGGAUGUUGAUUUAUCAAUACCUGUCAAUGCCUGUAGAUCUUCUGAAUACUCGCUUGCUGUCAGUGGAGAUGUUUUCAGGUGGAUAGUGGAUUAUGGUGAUGAUAUCACUCUUAAACGAAUGCUCGUCUGCGGGAAUGUGUUUGCAAGGAUGUCACCAGACGAGAAGCAUGAGCUUGUUGAAAAACUCCAAUCACUUGACUAUUGCUGUGGAUUCUGUGGUGAUGGAGCUAAUGACUGUGGUGCAUUAAAAGCAGCAGAUGUGGGCAUUUCUUUAUCUGAUGCAGAAGCCUCUGUUGCUGCUCCAUUCACCAGCCGCCAAUUUGAUAUCUCCUGCGUCCCAACAGUAAUUAGGGAGGGGCGUGCAGCCUUGGUUACGAGCUUCUGCUGCUUUAAAUACAUGAGCCUUUACUCGAUGAUCCAGUUCUCCACUGUCAGCUUUCUAUAUGCUUCAGGAUCAAAUCUCGGUGACUUUCAGUUCUUGCUCAUUGAUCUGGCUCUGAUCCUUCCAAUUGCAAUAUUUAUGGGCUGGACCGGUCCUUAUCCUGUGCUGUCUCGAAAACGGCCAACCGCGGAUCUUGUCUCGCGGAAGGUUUUAACGCCUCUACUCGGUCAGAUAUUGAUUUGUGUCUUAACCCAACUUUUGGUGUAUAAAACUGUCCAGUUACAGCCAUGGUUCAAGCCUCCAAAGAUCGACUUAGAGAAUAGCAACAUCGAAAAUUCCGAAAAUACUGCAUUGUUCUUGAUUUCCAUUUUCCAAUAUACGCUAGCAAGUGUUGUCCUCAGCGUUGGGCCUCCUUUUCGAAUGGCGAUGAGAUCAAACAACUUGCUAGGACCCUCGGACAAGCAUACAUAUUCCUGCGGCCUCGACAUCAAAAACAACGCCGCCAGUACAAGAUUUCGCGGAUGCACCAGUAUCCGCGAGUUUGAGUUCUUGGGCAAACUUGGUGAGGGUACAUUUGGAGAGGUUUACAAAGCAAAAUCGAAAAGAGAAGGCUCAAUCGUUGCCCUUAAAAAGAUUCUCAUGCACAAUGAAAAGGAUGGAUUAAGGGAGAUGGCUGUGGAGCGCAGUAAAGCUGCCAAUUUACUUAUCAACAAUGAUGGUAUACUUCAAAUCGCUGAUUUCGGGCUGGCUAGACCUUAUGAUGAGGAGCCGCCUCGCCCUGGAAAAGGUGGAGGGGAGGCAAAGAGAGACUAUACUACCCUGGUUGUUACUCGAUGGUAUCGCCCACCAGAGCUGCUUCUACAGUUACGGCGUUAUACAACGGCUAUUGAUAUGUGGGGCGUCGGUUGUGUUUUCGGUGAAAUGUUCAAAGGAGGAGAUUUCGUGGACAACGGGCAGCCAUGCCCCCGGCACCUGCGGGUGGCUCAGUGGGCAUGGGUCCAAACGGGAGCUGGGCGACAAACUCAGGAACCAAAGCAGCAGCAGAAGGGAGAGGUAGUCGCAUUCCUAGUGCUGCACGGAUGGGAAGUGCAAACGUCCUUGGAAACCAGGGAAACCAGGGAAACCAUCCAGGACGAUCCCUCGGGUAUCGAAAUCCUGAAGCUCGAAUGGCACAAAGGCCUAACGAUCUAA